AAUAUUAUUUUCACAUCCAAAAUUACAUAUACCUAUAAGUAAAAAUAUUUAACCACAAACUAAAUAAUUGUAUUUAUUAAUAUAGGAAGUUACCCAAUUUAUGGCAAGAUGGCGUCCAUACAAUAUUCUUUGGCGAAACGAAAAGACCCAACGGGAGUUGUUGACUGCUAUAUUAACCGAGUUUGAAUCAUCUCUACGGAAGCACGAAGAACUCACCGAAAGAUUGUCAACCGAACCGGAUACUUUUGUUAUAGCAAAUUGCCUUGCCAUUUCUACCGAGAAUCUGAAGUUUGGGUUAAUGACAGAAAUCAAAUCAUGCACACACAGAAUUGGUCAAGCGAUGAAAAAGAAAUAUCGUCGAGAAAUGGAUUACGUGUAUGCGGUUAUAAGUGAAAUGGACAGAAAACUGGAAAGGACUAUAAGAGACUUAGACGACGUCAGAUUGAUAAUGGAUACUUUGAAAAAAAUCAGGGAGCAAGAGGUUGACAUGGAUUUAAAAAUAGAGCCGGUUGAAGAAGCUUUUAACGUUCUCCACCGAUAUAAGGUGCCAGUUGAGAGGGAAGUUACAGAACAAGUAGACAACCUCCGCUACACUUGGAAACAGCUAUUAGACAGAGCUAUGAGAGUGCAAGUCAAUCUAUUGGACAUGCAGCCACAAUUUGAACAAGAUCUAAAGAAUAAUUUGAAUAGGUUCAAACAAGAUAAACUAGAUUAUUGUAACGAGUAUAGAACUGCUGGUCCAAUGCAGGCAGGACUUACACCCAGGGAAGCUUCGGACCGUCUAAUAUUGUUCCAGAAUCGUUUUGACGGCAUGUGGAGAAAACUCCAAACGUACCAAAAUGGAGAGGAAUUAUUUGGACUACCAACAACUGAUUAUCCAGAUAUGGCUCAAAUUAGAAAAGAACUUAACCUUUUGCAAAAGCUGUAUAAACUUUAUAAUGAUGUAAUAGAUAGAGUAAAUAGCUACUAUGAUAUUCCUUGGGGAGAGGUAAAUAUUGAGGAGAUUAAUAACGAAUUGAUGGAAUUCCAAAAUAGAUGCAGAAAGCUACCUAAAGGUUUAAAGGAAUGGCCUGCCUUCUUUGCUUUAAAGAAGACGAUUGACGACUUCAACGACAUGUGUCCUCUGCUAGAACUAAUGGCCAAUAGAGCUAUGAAACCUAGGCAUUGGCAACGUAUCAUGGAUUCUCUUAACCACAUUUUCGAAUUUGAAAGUGAAGGAUUUUGUUUAAAAAACAUUUUGGAAGCACCAUUGCUGCAGCAUAAAGAAGAUAUCGAGGACAUUUGUAUAUCAGCAAUGAAAGAAAAGGAUAUCGAAGCUAAGCUUCGCCAGGUAACUAAUGAAUGGACAGUUCAUGAGCUAACAUUCCAAACAUUCAACAAUAGAGGUGAACUUCUGUUAAGAGGAGAUACCACUGCAGAGACAAUCGGACAGUUGGAAGAUAGUCUUAUGAUACUUGGAUCUCUGUUAUCCAACAGAUAUAAUGCUCCAUUUAAAAAGCAGAUUCAACAGUGGGUCUACGAUUUGUCCAACACUAAUGAAAUAUUGGAAAGAUGGCUGUUAGUACAAAACAUGUGGGUAUAUCUAGAAGCUGUUUUUGUGGGAGGUGAUAUUGCUAAACAAUUACCCAAGGAAGCAAAACGGUUUUCUAAAAUAGAUAAAUCUUGGCAGAAAAUAAUGCAACGAGCUCACGAGACACCCGGAGUAGUUAAUUGUUGUGUGGGGGACGACCUACUUAAACAACUGCUACCACAUCUCCAAGAACAACUUGAACUGUGUCAGAAAUCACUCAGUGGUUACCUGGAACGGAAACGAAUGAUGUUUCCAAGAUUUUUCUUCGUUUCAGAUCCUGCUCUUCUAGAAAUUCUAGGUCAAGCGUCAGAUUCUCACACUAUUCAAAAUCAUCUUCUUUCCAUUUUUGACAAUACUAGAUAUGUUAAAUUUCACGAUAUAGAAUAUAACAAAAUAACUGCUGUAUUAUCUUCUGAAGGAGAAAUGAUACAGUUGGAGAAAGCAGUUAGGGCCGAAGGAAGUGUAGAAACGUGGCUGACUCAGUUACUGGUAAUGUCCCAAUUAUCUCUACACUCAAUAAUAAGAGGAGCGUAUACAUUUAUUAACGAUGUUAAUUUUAAUCUACUGCAAUUUUUGGAUAAAAUGCCUGCACAAAUUGGACUGUUGGGUUUACAAAUGAUCUGGACUAGGGAUGCCGAACUGGCUCUGAUGCAGGCGAGACAUGACAAGAAAGUUAUGCCGGAUACCAAUAACAAAUUCUUGGAACUUCUUAACACGCUCAUCGAUCAAACUACGCGAGAUUUAACUAAAAUUGAAAGAACGAAGUUUGAAACUCUGAUUACCAUUCACGUUCAUCAGCGUGAUAUAUUCGAUAUUUUGGUACGUAUAAAUGAUUCGUGA